ACUGUAGCUCAUUGGCGUUAGCAGGCGGAAGAGCGGUGAGAUUUGGCUGACAUGGCUGCUGGUGGCUCCUUCAGUAUAGUGGAGUAUUUCGGGGGUGACGAUGGCCAUCGUUGUGGUUACUGUAAAAACGCAAAGGGCAAUUUUUCCCAUGGUAUGUGGGCCCAUUCAAUGACCGUUCAGGACUACCAAGACCUCAUUGACAGGGGAUGGAGAAGAAGUGGCAAGUAUGUUUACAAGCCUGUCAUGAACAAGACCUGCUGUCCUCAGUACACUAUCAGGUGCCAUGCCUUAAACUUUCAUCCUUCAAAGACGCAUAAGAAGAUCUUGAAGAAGAUGACGAAGUUCCUGUCGAAAGGGGAGAAGCCAGCAGGCCAGUGUGAUGCUGGCUGUGAUGGUCUGUUUGACAUCCCUGGCUUCCUAAAGCCUCUCGCUUCAUCUCUUCAGCGGACAGUGGCUAUAGCUGUUGGAAUAUCCCAGACAUUUUUCUCAGGUGAGCGGAUGGACUCCAUGUUUGAAGAAGGAGGGGAAGUUCCUCCGGUGGAUCCUGGGAAAAUCCAGCACUCUCAGGUGGAGCGUCCCAUCAUCCCCAGCAGCCCUGAGAACGACAACGAUUCCAGACCAUCAACAUCAGAGACUUCAAGAGAGGAAACGGUGUCAUCAUCAGCAGGGAAGAGCCCACGCCUCAUGCCUAAACCAGGCGUGGGAGCAGACCCAGGCAAACCUCCAUGUCGCAAAGCGAAGGAUAUCCGGAAAGAGCGACGACUACAAAAGGAGCAACAGAAGCAGCAAGAUGGAGGAGGCACUUUAACAAACCUGACGCCUGCUCCAGCAACCCCAUCAUCCGGGCAACCCAAACCAUUAGAAGAAUUUAUCACCGACUCGCUGCCUGAUGAGCCUCUUCAUCGUUUCGAGGUGAGGCUAGUGCCGAUCAGCUUUGAGGACCCUGCCUUCUUGGCGUCGUACGAUCAGUCAGUGGAGCUGUUUGCCCGUUACCAGAUGGCCGUUCAUGGCGACGAUCCAUUCGAAUGUGAUGAAAGCCAGUUUAAGAGGUUCCUGUGUGACUCACCACUAGAGGCGGAGACGUCUCCUGAUGGGCCUGAUAUGGGCUAUGGCUCCUUCCACCAGCAAUACUGGCUAGACGGACGUAUCGUAGCCGUGGGCGUCGUCGACAUCCUACCCAACUGCGUCUCCUCGGUCUACCUCUACUACGACCCGGACUUCUCUUUCCUCUCAUUGGGCUCCUACUCUGCUCUCAGGGAGAUUGCCUUCACAAGGCAAUUGCAGAAGCAGUCACCCAAGCUCUCCUACUACUACCUGGGCUUUUAUAUCCACUCAUGCCCCAAGAUGCGCUACAAGGGUCAGUACCAGCCUUCAGACCUUCUGUGCCCAGAGACGUACAUAUGGGUGCCCAUAGAGAAAUGCGUCCCCCGCCUUGACGCCUCAGUGUACGCCCGCCUCAACGAAGACACCCGAGCAGAGAAAGUCUUCCUUAUCAUUCCCUUUGACCUCUGACCUUGAGCCAUGCAGUGAACCUCCGGUGCCGCUGACUGAGAAAGCCUGCUGCCCCUCAGUAGGAGCUGUAAACGAGUAAAAAGAUGGAUGGAGCAGGGGAGAGGGGUGUUUAUAUGCGCAGCGGAUGUUUGGAUUGUUCAAAAGAGAGAGCCCCUGACACCCUUGACAGCUCUGCGCAGUGUUAUUGGCAUGCUUAAUUGUGGAGCUAAAAGCCGUCUGUCUGCCCUGUUUACUCUCACAGUUUGACAUCUCGUCAUUCUCAAGCGAUUUUUUUUUUCUUCCCAUCAAUGACUUGUGCUCUUCGAGGCUUAUAGCCAUAGCCAUGUAUCACUGCGCCUUCUUUUUCUUUUCAUGUUUUUAUGAGCGUCAUGUACUCCAUGAGAAAUACGCUGAAGCUCCGAGUUUCAAUUCUGAGCCAGAGAUGAUCCUUGGAUUGAUGUUAUGCAACUUGUUUAUUCCCAUAGGAUGUCUGAUCCCAUUUUCCCCUUCUUCUUCUUCUUCUUCUUCUUCUUCUUCUUCUUCUAAUUUCGAGACUAAUUUAAUAUACAUAAUCAUUGAGUGUGUACAUGGAAAAGUUUGAAUGUCGCCAGAGUGCCUUAUGAAGAUUCUUUAAACAAAUCAUGAAAGCCAAAAGAAAUUCUUUCCAGAGGAAUAAACGCUCAUUUCUGCCAAACGCGUUGAAUAAAGAGAGAGAGGGCCUCAAGUGUUUUCUGGGACCUUUCUUCUUCUUUUAUUUUUGAAAAGCGUUUUGCGUGAGAAUAAUAAACCGCACACUGUUUAGGUUCUAUGGGGAGAGUUUUGGGGUACAAUAUAAGCACUCAGUAUGAGAGCUGACUAUCAGCUAGUGAGUGUUUCAGUUCCUACAUGUACAUCUCCACUUCCUCUUUUUUCUCCCUCACAGUUUCGCCUGGUACUCAUUUAUCAUCAUUCUGUUCAAACACUGACACACACUCACACUGCCAACUCUCACUGACUGACUGUCUCCGGAAACUAGUUAUCCUCUCUCUCUCUCUCUCUCUCCCUGUCUCUCUCUCCCUCUCUCUCCCUCUCUCUCUCUCUCUCUCUCUCUCUCUCUGUCAGUCUCUCUCUCUCCCUCUCCCUCUCUCUCUGUCAGUCUCUCUCUAUCCCCCUCUCUCUCUGUCUCUAUCCCUCUCUCUGUCUCUCUCUCCCUCCCUCCCUCUCUCUCUCUCUCUCUCUCUCUGUCUCUCUGUGUCCCUCUUUUCCCUUCUUCCUUUUUUCUCUUUUUUUCUUUCUUUCUCUACUUUAUUGGUACAAUAAUUAUUUUUAAAAAGUUUUCUCUCUUCAUUUCUCAUAUUGUUUCUCUUUUUCUAUUUCUUUAUUUCCUUAUUUCUAUCUCUCUAUAUACCCUCUCUGUCUCUCUUUCUCUCUCUCUCUCCACCUUUCUCUGUCGUUGUCUUCUCCCUUUGUCUGUCUCUUUCUUUCUCCAUUCUCUCUUCUGUUCUCAUUCUCUUUCUGUCAUUUUCUCUUAUUUCCCCCAUUUUCUUUUUAUUUCUUUCUUUCUUUCAUUUCUCUCGUUCUCUCUCCACCAUCUUUCUUCAUCUUUGUCAUUUUCUUUCUUUCUUUCUUUCUUUCUUUCUUGUCUCUGUCUUUCUUUCUUUGUCUCGUUCACUCUUUUAUUCCUUCUUUCAUUCUCUCUUUUUCUCUUUCUUUAUCUCACUUCCUCCUUUUCAUCAUCUCUCUCUCUCACUCAUAGUCUGUUUCUUUCUCUUUCUCUCCUUCCUUCAGUCUGUCUUUCUGUCUCUCUUUCUUUCUUUUUCAUUUCUUAUUACUUUACUUUGUACUCUAUAUCAUAUCUUGUUUAAUACGUAUACUCUGUAUUCCCAUCUUGCCACACUCAUUAGGAUAUAGAUUGAUAUUGAUAUUUUGAUCCAUAGGCAACCAUAAAAUAUCAUUUCCCCUCCCUUCUCACCAUAUCCCUACUUUUUAUUUUCCCUCUUUUAUUCCUUUUCCCUUUCACUCGUUAUAUUCCUCCUGCGCUGGUAAUUCCUGGCUUUUGACAGGACUUUGAUCUUUCAUUCGAGGAAUGUGCUGCAAAUUGAACUGUACUCUCCAUAUGUGCAAAAUGAUUGAGACUAAUUUGCACCCACAUACCCCCCCCCAAUCCCAAAUACACCCCCUGGUCUUUUUCAGCUGGCCUCCAGAUGACUGCAGCACAGACACUGAGAGGAAUCAUGGGUGGUGGAGGUGGUGCAGUUUAUCUAUUAAUAAUAAUCAUAACACUCCACUUGGCUCAUCUGUCGAUGCUGCCACUGCCAACUUCAGAUAGUGUGUAGUCAGUUUGUUUAUGUUUUUUUUUUUGUUUUUUUUUGUGGAAAUCUGUUUGCUUUUUAAAUGAAGCACGAAGGGUAGAUUUUUUUUUUUUUUUUUUUUUAAUCUGUGUGUUUGCCACAUUUGGGUUCAUUCCAGACUGAAACUGUGCCACUUAUCAGUCGACUGCUUGCUAAUGGUGGAGGGAAGUAUUCAUACACUUCAUCCAGUCUUUCAGUUCACUCACAUUAGCGCCGCUACUUCUUAGGAAGGCUGAAGGGAGUUCUUUUAGCAUACUUGCUUUCCUCGCUCGUUUCGCUUGUUGUUUGUCCCUUGUUGGUGUGGAGCAUAUGCCUAGAUAUCUGUAAAUCUUCUUUUAAUUAGUUAAAUGCAUUACAUAACGUACUAAUCAGUGUGAAAAUGGAUUGUUUUUAUAAACAUGUUACAUGCCAGGCUUUGCGCAAGCUUACCAUACUGGCUACAAACACUCUCCAGAGACACCAAUGAAUAAUCUCUGAUACUUCCUUCCAAGCGUUGUCUUUGUAACAUUGCUAUACACAUUUAAUGAGAGGGUAUACAGUACGUCUGGUUGUUUGUGUACCAGUGGUUUCUUCCUUUUUCAGCACGUUCCAAAUUGUUGUAUUGGUUAUGCCUAAUGCUUGUGCAGUGACCCUGAUAGAAUUUCCCUCUUUUCUCGGCUUCAAAAGGGCUCGCUUUUCUCCCAUAGACAGCUCUUUGGUCUUCAUGUUGGUUUAUUCUUCUUAACAACAAAUGUAGUCUUCACAAGUGAAGCCUAGGGCUCGAAUAAAGAUUAGACAUUCAAAGCUAUUAAUUCUUUGAACAAUCGAUCUAACAGGGCACACCUGGACAACAAGAAACACCUGAUAUGCACACGUUUCGAGAUUUUGGAUCACUUGAGUUCCAACAAAAGCUGCCAUGUUCCAAGUUGUUUAACAGAUCUAGAUGUAAAUAUCAGGAAAUGAAAGCGUCUCAUAUGCAUCUUUGAUGAAACAAAAGAAUUGGCCUUGCCGUUCCAGAUACCUUCAGAGGGACUGUGUCUGUACUGUAUGUCCUAGCCUAAACUGUUACCACAAAGUUGGAAGCACACAAUUGUCUAGAAUGUCUUUGGAUGCUUAAGCAUUACAUUACAAUUUCCCUUCACUUCAACUAACAGGCUUAGCCCAAACAAAGCAAGCUCCGUGAAGACAUCGUGUGCCAAAGUUGAGUAGAAGAACUCAAGUGGCCUGCCCAAAGCCCUGACCUGAACCCCACUGAACACCUUUGGGAUAAACUGGAAUGCAGACUGCACCCCAAACCUCCACACCACGCAGACUUUUCCUGACCUUACUAACACACUUGCGGCUGAAUGAAAAAGCCUUCCCAGAAGAGUGGAGGUCAUUAUAACAGUAAAAUGGGACUAUCUCUGGAAUGGGAUGUUCAACAAGCACAUGGGUGCAAUGGUCAAAUGUGUCCACAAACCUUUGGCUAUAUGGGGUAAAUAUGGAUACUAUAGCCAAAGAAAACCCCAUAACAAAUACCUAAUAAAUAUACAAAUAAAACGUCAUUAUCAGACAUUCGUCAUCCUGUGUGUGAAACAAAUUUGGCAAUUUUAUGCAAUAUACAUUAUGACACUGUUCUGUUCGAACUGUGUGUGAAAUAUCUACAUAUCCAUGUGAUAUCUAAGAGGUUCUCCAUGCUUGUGCUGUGAGGUGAAGAAUUAGAAUGUUAUCAUUUUUUUUUUUUUAAAUUGUUCAAAGUAUCUCCAGGGUUUGCUUAGAAAAUCCCACAGAGAUGAGGCUCAUGGUUCCAGAGAGGUUUUACAAGAUUUUGAAUUUUUGAGCAUCAGUGUGUCACAUCUGUACACAUGGUGAAAUUCUGCCUUAUUUCAUUUCUGUGUGUGUGUGUAGGUGAUGCUUGUGCACUUAAAGACUUGGGCCGGGUUCUGGUGCUGCACAAGAGGACGGUCCUGCCUUAUGCCGCCUACUCGCGGAAGAAGAAAGGCUUCAGCGACGAGAAAGAGGUGGAGCAGUAUGCAAGCCUGGUGGGCCAG